AUGAAUGCGUCCAGGAAAUCCAACCAUGUUUCAAGCAAGGACAGUGCAGAAACCGCGAGGGAUAUCAUCACCACGUCCGGCCAAAUCCAACCCCUCAAAAUCCCGGACGCUGUUGCUGCGCUAAAGCAGGCUGCUGCAAAGGCAAAUGGUGAGACUGAGAAAUAUCUUCCAGGGUGGCCGUUGUUCUCGCCUCCUAAGGUGCAGUUGGACAAGUGUACCAAGUGUUCGAGAGAAUUCUGUUCCGCAAUCAACUUCCGGAGGCAUACACGUGUUCAUCGUAGGACCCUCAAGAUAGAUAGGGAAUUUCCCAAGAAUAGAGACCUUCUAGCUGCAUUCUGGAAUAAACUGACUGUGGAUGAUGCCAGCGCAAUUUUGUCCUUGACAGGUGUUGUUGUAGAGGGUGUAACUGGUUCAUCAAUUUUAACAGCAUUAUCAUCAUGGAUGUGUAAACCAGGGUAUGCUUCGUUGCCAAUGGCAUAUGCCAGAGCUGGCAGUGAGCUUCUGGAUCUGAUUCAAACAAAGGCUUCAAUGCAUCUGCCUGUGUCAUCGGAUGAACUAUUUAGCUUGCUUGAUGAAGCAAGUGAGAAAACAUUUGUUUGCACAAAUACAGCUGCUUAUAUACAGAAGUUUUUAUUUGACGGAGAGGUAGACAAAAUUGCAACUGAGUUGAAGAAUGUUGUUUCGUGCAUUAGUUACAUGCUUGAACAAAAGCUGGUUGAAGCAUGGUGUGCUGAUAAGACUGCUGAAGCAUUAAGAUGCCAGAAGUUGCUGGAGGAGGAAGAGGAAGCUGCUCAGAAAAGGCAAGCCGAACUGAUGGAAACACCAAUUACUUCAGAAACUGACAAUGGUUUUAAUGUGGACCUAUCGGUAGAAGAUAUCAGUUGUGAUUUGGGGCCUGAAAUGGAUAAAGGUAUUGUAUUAAGGCAACACGUUUCAAGGCAUCGUUUAGGCAGAACAGAGGGGCUUGCUGAAAAUAGCGUUCUACCUGGUCCUGUAGUUACUUCAAAGCAUCCAGCUUUUGUGAGGCCUUCAAAUUACAAGGAUCCAAAUGUCUGUUCUGCGCCAAGUAGAAACAAAACUUGUGCAUUGAAAUUGCAAUCUGAGAUUGAAGAACAGUGCCAAAAACAUGAGUUAGAUGUAGAUGAACAUGGGAUGGGUCCUAGCAAAAACUCUCGUGUGCUAAUAGGAUCUAUAAGUGUUGCAAUUGAAGAUGGUAGUGAACACUUGCAGGACUUUCGUUCCAAGAAUGACCCAGUCCCUCCCAGUUCAAAGACAGUGAAACAUGCAUCAGUCAAGGUGAUGCAACCUGUUACCCAUGGGGGUAACAGAAAUGAAGGCAUUCCUCAUAGUGAUAGUAAUAGUACGGCAGUAGCUGAGAACCAUUCUCACUCCAGUGUUGCUACAGAUGAAAUCAGUUAUUCAACCUACUGCAGUGCAGAUUUGGUAGUGGAUGAACAUUUACAACGCACCAUGUUUUCCAGUAAAGAAGCGACAGCCUUUCUUUCUCAAAGUAAACAUCUUGCUGCUGUUAUAUUUGAACACCCUUGA